CCUGUGGCCAUGAUGCCCCAAGUGCCGGUGCCGCGGCCCUCCUACUCCCAGGCGAGGGAGCGCUUGGUGCGGGCCAUCCCCCCGCGCAUCAUCUGCCUGCUGGCCUGCGGGGGCCGCGACUGCCGCUACGAGGGGCCUUACUGCUGGAAGCCCAGCCAACAGAUCGUCAGGGGUGUCUUCUCAUCAUGGGUCACGGAUGAGAUUUUGGCUAUGGCGAGGCCAUCCACUUACAUCAUUAAGAAAUACAACAUCAUAGAUCAGUUCCACAGGCUGAACAUCAAGUCCCUCAUCAAUAUGCAGUUGCCAGGGGAACAUGCUCACUGUGGCCCAGGCCUGGAACUCAGUGGAUUUACAUACUCACCCCAGGCCUUCAUGGAGAACCAGAUCUACUUCUAUAACUUUGGCAUGCCAGACUUCGGAGUAUCGUCCCUGGUGGGGAUGCUGGAUGCUGUGAAGGUUCUGGCCUUCUCUGUCAGGGAGGGCAAAGUUGCUGUGCACUGCCAUGCGGGCCUUGGGCGUACAGGGGUGCUGAUAGCAUGCUACCUGGUCUACACACUGCACAUCAGUGCCAGCGAGGCGGUGCACUUUGUGCGCAUCAAGCGUCCGCGCUCCAUCCAGACACGCUCGCAGAUCAGCCUGGUCUUCGACUUCGCUCGCCUGCUGGGCAGCCAGCUGGUGGUCUACCCCUGCCUGUCGCUGCGCCACGGUGCCUCCUUCAGCCUGGGAGAGUAUCUGCGUCGGCAGGCCAUGAUCCUGCACGGCGAGGAGGCGCGCGCCCUCGCUCACACGCCCAAGAUCCUCCACCUGCUCUGCUGCCAGCUCACCGCCAUCGCCCUGGGCAACGACAGCCCCGAUGAGGUGCAGGAGGAGUUGGACCGGCGGGCGGCCAUCCAGUCCCUGCAGCGCGCGGUGCAGGAGAUGCUGGUGCGCAAGCAGGCGCUGCUGCGGGAGGACUGGGGCAUGCGGCGCGCCUCCUCCAACUCCUCCCUCUCCUCCUGGGACGAGCCCUUCGGCUUCCUGCAGCGCAAGAGGGAGGUGCUGGUCAACAAGCGCUCCUACAGCGACGGGGACCUGCAUAAGAUCACCCUCAGCGAGCAGGAGGAGUUUGCCCUGAUGCUGGAGAACCAGAGGGAGACGCUGGAGCAGCUCUGUGACCUGCGCAACACCCCCACGCCGACCCCACUGCCCCCUCAGUACUACCAGUACCACCAGCAGUACCAAGAGCAGCAGCAGCAGCAGCAGCAGGCGGCCCCCCUGACGCGGGAGCAGUGGCAGCAGGAGGUGGAGCGUCUGGCUGCGCUGCGGCCCUGCACCCCCAUGCUCUACAACGGCGUCAUCGCCAAGAGGCCCAAGUGCAAGAUGAAGAAGCCCCCGGCUCUGGCCAAGCACAGCUCCACGCUCGAGCUGCAGAGGAACCAGAGGAAGAGCAGCCAGGUGUCGGUUGCCAGGUUGGUUGCCAGGGCGAUGGCCCAGCAGCAGCCUCCCGAGGACAAGGUGUUGUCCAGAGUCGCCAUGCUCCAGGAUGAACUGAACAAGACGGUGUGCGGCUGGGCUACGGUUGCCUUGGAAACGGACCCGAAAGUCCUGGCUCACCUGUUGUGGACUUGGCUGGAACGCCUCAAGGAGCCUGUCCUGAGUCUGAGUGAUGUACAGCAGUUGAUCUUGAACCACACAGAGCCAAAUCCCCUAAAUGUUCUACACAAGGACCAGCGAUGCACCAUCUCCUGUCUGCUGGGCUGUAUCGGUCAGGUGACCAGCCUGUGUCCAAACCUGGAAGACAGCGUGCUGAACCACCUCAUUCGAGCACUAACCAGGCGCCCCCCUCAGGAGAUUGAGAAGAAUGCAGAACUGCAGCAGCUAUUCAGGAACGCGAUCAGAGAUCAACUUCUGGCCAGCGCACUUCGUCGAAGCAGAGACAUGCGACCAUACACGAUCACCAACACCCAUGGCUGAUUUAAAUAUCAUAAUGCAUUAUUGCAGCAUUCAAGAUUCGUAUCAUGAUUAGGGGAUUAAAGGGCCAGUGGUAAAACGAAGUCUUAGAAUGGAUGUUCUGUUAAACGUGUGUGUUUUGUUAAGACUGAUUACAUUUCUUGAUAAACAAAUA